AUGGGCCUUUCCACCCGCCUCCAGGGAAACCGGGUCCAUGCCUCGGUGCAAGAAGAAAACAAAAUUUUGUUUUAUCAUCCCAACGAAGUUGAAAAGAAUGAAAAAAUCAGAAACGUGGGCUUGUGCGAAGCUAUUGUGCAAUUUACAAGGACCUUUAGCCCUUCAAAGCCGGCAAAAUCGUUACAUACACAGAAGAAUCGACAGUUCUUCAAUGAACCAGAAGAAAAUUUCUGGAUGGUCAUGGUUGUUCGGAAUCCUAUCAUUGAAAAGCAGAGUAAAGACGGGAAGCCAAUUGUUGAAUACCAAGAAGAGGAAUUGUUGGACAAGGUGUACAGCUCGGUGCUACAGCAGUGCUACAGUAUGUACAAGCUCUUCAAUGGCACGUUUCUGAGAGCCAUGGAGGAUGGCGGGGUCAAGCUCCUCAAAGAGAGACUGGAGAAAUUCUUCCACCGGUACCUGCAAACUCUGCACCUGCAGUCCUGUGACCUGCUGGACAUUUUCGGUGGGAUCAGCUUCUUCCCAUUGGAUAAAAUGACCUACCUGAAAAUCCAGUCCUUCAUUAACCGCGUGGAGGAGAGCCUGAGCAUCGUCAAGUACACUGCCUUUCUCUACAACGAUCAGCUCAUCUGGAGCGGAUUGGAACAAGACGACAUGAGAAUCUUAUACAAAUACCUCACCACUUCUCUCUUUCCCAGGCACAUUGAACCUGAGUUGGCGGGGAGGGACUCGCCAGUGAGGGCUGAGAUCCCGGGGAAUCUCCAGCACUACGGAAGGGGCCUGGAACCAUUCAUCCCAGGGUACACAGCUCUGAUCAGUGCCAUGAGUGCGGCCGUGUGCUUCAUGAUCGACGCUGCCACCCAGCCCACAUUGGACUUUUGCCGCCGACUGGACAGCAUCGUGGGGCCUCAGCUGACCGUGCUGGCCUCGGACAUUUGUGAGCAGUUCCACAUCAACAAGAGGACAUCUGGGUCUGAAAAAGACCCGCAGUUUAAGUUCAUCUACUUCAACCACAUGAAUUUAGCCGAGAAAAGUACGAUUCACAUGAGGAAAACGCCCAGCGUGUCACUCACAUCGGUCCAUCCCGAUCUCAUGAAAAUUCUCGGAGACAUCAACAGUGACUUCACGAGGGUGGACGAAGACGAGGAGAUCAUUGUGAAAGCCAUGAGCGAUUACUGGGUUGUGGGGAAGAAGUCUGACCAGCGGGAGCUCUAUGUGAUUUUGAAUCAAAAGAAUGCAAACCUGAUUGAAGUAAAUGAAGAGGUCAAGAAGUUAUGUGCCACCCAGUUCAACAACAUCUUCUUCUUGGACUGACUGAGUCGAAAGACCUUCAUGGAAACGGCUCGGCCAUUAUCCAUCAGGAGUCAGACCGGCAGCAACAGUCACAGCAAUACCUGCUUAGAAGAUUCCGAUUUCUACUCCCGGCUCGAAAUGGAGGCUGCCGCAGAUUUUUACAUUUUAGAUAUUUAUGUGGCAUCAACUCAAGGUAGUCUGCACCCUCUCUCACCAUUCCAUCCUUUUGACACUCUGAAUAUUUUACAGGAAAAUACGGUAAAUAAAUUGCUGAAGUUUUUAAAA